AUGGAGAAUAGCAACUACUGGGCACUGCCUUUAAUUGUUUUCUUGGUUUAUUGUGUGUAUGAUGGCUGGAUGGCGAGAAAAUCAAUCAGGAAGAAUCCUGAUAUACCCUUUAUAGGUAGCCCUUUCACAGCGAUACCACGGUUUCUUCUGAACCUCCUAUUCGCUUCUAAAGCGGCGGAUAUCGUUGAAUGGGGCUAUCAAAAGUUCAAAGGCCAGGCUUUCCAACUUAUACGAAAUGAUGGUCAAGUUCUACUUCUUCCAUUGUCGGUCCUUGAAGAGCUUUCAAACCUGCCUGCCUCGGUGGCAAGCCCAAAUACCGCCCUCGAGCAUGAUUUAUUGGGAAAUUACACAGGAUUGAGCCUAAUUCUGGAGAGUAGAGCUCAUCAUUCUAUCGUUCAACGGAGAGUAACACCACGCCUUGGUUUAAUGACACCUCGCCUCGAGGUAGAAAUACACAACGCAUGCGAUGAGUCUCUUACCAAAUCCCAUGAAUGGGUUGAAUUUCAACCUUACAAGACACUUUCCAAAGUAUCUGCGAGAAUCGCUGCGCAAGCUAUUGUGACUCCUGAGUUUGCCCAUGAUCCAAAAUGGCUGGAAGUUUCAGUCGAAUAUACUGAGAACUUGUUUCGAACUAUUGUUAUCACACGGCUUUUCCCUUCGUGGAUGCAGUCGUUUGUCUGCCGUCAUCUGCCAUCCUUCUGGGCUGGUCAGAGAUACAUGAAAGAAGCCAAAAAUCUCCUUGGUCCUAGAAUCAAUGAAUUACUUCAUAUGAGUGACGAGGGGGCCUGGAAGCCUCAGCCCAAUGAAUCCGACUCAAAUGUCCUCAAUUGGCUUGUAGACACUGUAAAGGGGGCAGACCGUGACGCGGACACUAUAGCCCAUGUAGAGGUGCUACUCGCUCUCGCCGCCGUUCACACCACCCUCCUAAGGAUGGUCAAUGUUCUAUACGACAUAACGGCAUCUGGCCUCGCUAUGGAGCUUCGGUCUGAGAUCGAAGAAGCCACUAGCCGGUCGGGGACUUGGGAUAAAUCGUCUUAUGACAGUCUGCAUAAGCUUGACAGCGUGCUUAGCGAGUCGCAGCGAAUGUCACCGCCCACUACUUUAGGUAUGAAGCGUAUUUUUCAAGAAGAUUACACAUUCAAAAAUGGCUUGCAUAUCCCCAAAGGUAUGUACACAGCGAUGCCCAUCUACGCUAUCGAGAACGACCCUGCACACACUUCUAAUCCCGAAACAUUCGAUGGGCUUCGCAAUUAUCGCCUUAUGCUAGAACAUAAUAUUUCUGACGGUAGUGAUGGCGACGAGGGAAGAAAAUUUCGUUUCUCAACGCCCCGCCCAACUGUUCUCAAUUUUGGAUAUGGACGGCAUGCAUGUCCAGGGCGCUACUUCGCAAGCCUCGUUCUCAAAAUUCUAUUUACUAGGCUCCUGACCGAAUAUGAGUUCGAGUUCCUUCCCGGAACCGGGAGACCUAAGAACUUGUUGGCACACGAGUUCCUUUUCACAGCACCAUGGCAGCGUAUGCUUAUUAGAAAGAAGGAGAAAGGGAACUGUCCUUUUUGA